GUGGGUGGAGAUUACACCCCGGGCAUGUAUCGCCCUUCGCUGGUACUUGAUUGAGUUAGAAAGUUCCCAAGUCCAGCAUCCCUCUAAGGUCAUGGCGCUCGGUAUGCACGCCUUUGCGUCUCCAGCCAAGCAAGCCCCAUACACCGCGGACUUGCGCCAAGCCUUCUCGACCAGUGUGCCCAGACCCGCCAGUCUGAAACCCAGGUUGGUACUCAACCACUCAUCCACCCCUCUCGGAAGCACCUUCCAGCCCCUGCCCAGGAGGUUCCACCACCGGCCACUAGGCCCCCGAAGCCUAAUUGGUCCUUUCCGUUUCUCAGUGUCUCGUCACCAGUGGGUGAUACGGAACCAGCAAGAUGCUUACGAUCACCAAGGUCGUCGCAAGCUCUACGACGAUGGCUUAGUAUGGGAUAUAGUCACCAAAGAAUGGAUCCCCAAGCACUCCGGCAAGUUUUAUCGGAGCCCCCAAACAGGGGCGUGGCAUGCGUUCAACGAUCACCUGGAACCACCACCUGUAAAAGAGGUGACGGACCAGAUGCUCGAAGACCACUUGACGGACUCAGCUUCUUUGACGAGGCACUCUCCGAAAUGGAGCAGUCCGCCUUUAACUUCCUCCACAAUUCGCGAGGGCCGCAUCUUUUUUGAGGAUUCGAACCUCAGAGGGUAUUCGAACUCCAACGUGGCAUAUCAUAUCCAGUGUGAACGCCGUGAACGGGAACAGUUCAACAAGGGGCGUGACUACGAGCGUCGCCGCGAAUCCGGCCCCUCGCCACGAAUCUGGUGCAGAGCCUCGAACUUCACGCCCACCUUCCGUCCCCAACGACCCGCCCCAAGACUUCGACAUGGUCAUCCGCGGACCGACGCUCACGUUCGCGAGAUCCUGAACGCUCCCGUUCCCGCUGGGUUCCUCGUACCCCAGGCCGUUCCCCUGCGAGAGAUAUAA